UUCUGCUUUUAUUUUGAAGAACCCUUCUCGGACAGGAAGUACUCUCCGGUUAUAUAUAUCCGUUCCCUCGCCUUUCACUUCAGACGCCACUGACUCUUCCUUCGUUCGACACCGACCAUGUCCGCUCCAGGCCGACCGGCGCUGCUCCUCCUCGUGGGGAUGUCCUGGGCCGCUGCGUCCUUCGCCUGCAGCCUUCAGAUCCCUCCGCACCAGGAGGUAGCCCGGGUGGCCCGCUUCAUUGCCCACCAGUGCGACUGGGCGUCCAUGGCCACCAUCUCCACUCACAAGCCGGUGAUGGGACAGCCGUUCUCCAACGUGUUCUCCGUGAGCGACGGACCCCGUGGCAGCAGCACCGGGGUGCCUUACCUGUACCUGACCAGCAUGGAGGUCUCCGUGCAGGACCUGCAGGUGAACCCGCAGGCGUCCCUGUCCAUGUCCCUGGCUCAGACUGAUUACUGCAAGCAGCUGGGCUUCGACCCUCAGAGUCCUCUCUGCGCUCACAUCAUCCUGUCUGGGUCAGUCAUCCAGGUAAACGGGACCGAGGCAGACUAUGCCCAGAAGGCUCUGUUCAGUCGACCCCCCGAGAUGAUGGAGUGGCCAAAGGACCACGACUGGUUUUUCGCCAAGUUCAACAUCACACAGGUCUGGGUGCUGGAUUACUUUGGUGGAAUAAAGAUGGUCUCUCCAGAGGAGUAUUUCCAGGCGGCGCCUCACAAGAAGCAAAACUGACAGUGAGAGUUGUAGGUUCUUGUAGUCCACACUUCUUGGUUUUCUCCAUGGUGCCAAGAUACCAACUUACCGAAAUGUGUGUUCUGCUCGGAUUAACUUUAUAGUCAUAACAAGUACGAGUACAAAGAAAUAGAAGAAACUUGCAUCUUAUUUUUAAGGAGUAGAGUAUAGGUGCAGGAACAAAAAGAUCCCACUUGUAUAAAGACGCACAGUACAAAACUAGGAUGUGAGAUAUUGAUGGGGAGCGUGGUAUCGGUGCCCCAGUACAUCACUUCAGGACACCUCAAAGCGCCGUCAGCUCUGGAAUUGUACGAAGAGUAUGAAUGCUGGAGAGAAGGACACCGCCUUCACACACUAACCACACCUCCCUCUGUCGUCUGGACAUUUUGGCCAGUAAAGGACUCCGCUCAAGGAUUGUUCGAUUUGAUCAGAAGUCUUGACUGAGUCUUUGAGACACUUUUUGGUCCAAAUCCUGAACAACUUGAUUCAGUUUUCCUCCCAGCUGCGUAGAAAGUUUCUCCAAGUUGUCAUCCAUUUGUGGCAUCAGUUCCAAGACUGCAAGCGCCCUGCCCGGCUGGGCAAUCAGGACGAUAGCAUUUCGGUCCGACUGUGACAGUCUCUCAAUCUGAGCCUGAACCCUUUAACACUUCAGCUCCAGUGUUGCCGAUCUUUGAACUACCGUAACCCUUCACCCGUUCACCCAAUAAACUAAUGGAUUCUGAAGAGGAGCAAGAAUUUAUCGUACUGAUUCUCCAAAAUCGGUUAGAGAUCCGUUCAUUGUGCGAACGCUCAGAGUUACAGUAGUCAAAAGGGCGUGUUUUAUUUCUUGUUGUCCGGGAUUAGAGGGUAAAGUGGCUGGUUCACAGACCGCCUCUUGCUGUUAGCUGCAUCCAAACUGCUAGAUAAACCAGAAAUUCUAACAUUCCCAUUUCCAGAAAUUCGAUUAUCAAUCAUCCAAAUAGGUUAAUAGCCCUGCAACAGAUGACUGACUUGUUCCGGAUGUACCCUGUCUUUGCCCAACGGGAGCUGGGAUAGGCUCCAGCAACCCCGUGAUCUGGGAAGGGCUUCAGCAAGUUCUGAAGGAUUCAUUCACAGACAGCUGGGAUAAACGUACACUAGAAGCAAAAACCCAGCCGUUCCAUUAAGAGGGUCAGCUUUCCUGGUCUUUAGUGUGGAAAAAAACAAUUAAAGUGUCAAUCGAGUUCAAAGACCAGCUGAUGAAAUCCAGUCUCAGAGUGAAAAGGGCAGAAGGACGCACAAGAAUCAGAGACCGGCUCAGAGAGGAAGAAAGGAGCAGGAAGAGAAAAUGUUCUUUUCUUAGAACCUGACAGAGAUGGCCACAUCAUUAAAAAAAAAAAAAGGUUCCUUUCAGUGGUAAAAACCUGCAAACAUUAGAGCACUGGUUAAAAAAUUAUAUGUGUGCACUUUUUACUUUUUAAUAGUAGCUCUUUUUGUAUUUUUCAAAAAUAUAAUAUUUUUCUAACAAAAAAAUAGUAAAAUAUAACAACUCUGUUGUUCAGGAAUAUACCCCAAGACUCUCUUCCUACAUGCAAAAGACAUCCUCAAACAGAAUAUCUAUAAAUCUAUACACACACCUUAAAGUCUGCCCCUCAAAGAUAAAUAUUUUUAUUUUGCGCCCAGAAUUAACAAAGUUUUGCACCAAUUUUAGGCCCAAACGUUUCAGUGAUUACACAUUUUUUUUUACCAUGUAGUGGAACAAGAAGAGAAGAAUUUAAAGGAACAUUUUCCUGCAUACAGGGUUUGUGUUUUUGCUGUGUGGCUUUUAAGGUUACAGAUGUAAUGCUACUGUUUGGCCACUAGGGGGAGAAAAGCCCAAGAAAUGAGCCGCAGAUCAACAAACGCCAUACAAAACUGGAGACCUUUUUCUUUCUUUUGACAUAUAUUUGUUUUGCUUUUGCGCUCAAUGUAAUGUUUAGAUGCACCAUUUGAAAAGUAUUUGAAAAAAUGGAGACGAAGAAUCAGCCCUGACAGUACGCCAGAAUAGAGCCAAAGAAGUUUGAAAUGUUGAUUUAUUUAGCAGAUUUGUAUGCUAAUUCUUUUAGCAUUCUUGUUCUAUUAAUCAACAUGUAGCAUCUCAGGGUUUUACACUUUGCAAGAACAUGUUUAAAAAGAAUACGUUUUAUUAAUUCAACUCAAAAUGAUCUCAUUUUAUAGUUUAUAACUUAAAACAAAUGCCUUAUUGUCUCUGUUGCUUGUUGGAUUGAAAAAGUGUUUUUUAAAUGAGAAAAUGUGACAUUUAUUUUUAUACUCGUACUUUUUGUCUUUCAUAAAAACAAAGCUGAUUGUGAAAUGUUAUUUUCUGAAGCAAUAAAGUUUCGUUCAAUAAA